UUGGGAGGGAGAGGAACAAAAAUUCACAUCCCCAAGAGUCGGAAUUGGCAGGACUUGAACAUUUGACCAAUCAUGAAAUAAAUGAAACUCUUAUUAUUAACAAAGUAACAACAUACAUUUGACUGUGCUUAGAUUUAGUAUAAGUAGUAGAGUUGUGUCGCUUAUUGGUUGAUCUUAUCUCGACUCUUAUACCUGUAUCCAUUUUCAUACAACUUAUUCUGUAUAUAGCAAGUAGGUCGCCCGAGUUGUGUCAUUUAUUGGUUGGUCUUAUCUCGACUCUUGUAUCCUAACAUAUGUGUAUCCAUUUUCAUACAACCUAUUCCGUAGAUAGUAAGUAGGUCGGCCGAGAAGAGAGAAAAGACAAAAACAAUAGCUGUAUGUGGCAUGAGAAAAUACCCUAAAAAAGUUGAAACUUGAACCCAUAUCUCAAAAUUGAAUUCAACCCAACACACCCGUGACAUGAAGCAGCGCCUCCAUAAAUCAUAAACCACGUGUCUCGCACCACCGUGCACGGCACUCACUGAACCACCGUGUUACUCUAAUUUACCCUCCUUUUUUCUCUAACUUACUCUCUUUCUCUCUCCUCCUAAAACCCACUUUCUCUCUCCUCAAAAAAAUGCUUUCAAGAUCAAACGACGUCGCAUGGGUCGAUGACACAGCUGACCAAAACGACGCCGUUUCAUGGACACGACCACCACCGCAUCCGCAGCAACAACCACCACCACUUGACGGUGGUGAUUGGUACCUCGCCGCCGGUCACAUUAUCACCCCACCAUCAGAAAUUGGAAAUGACGCUUUACUCCUUCCUUCUACUCUUCAAACGACGUCGUCUUGCUCUUCUCAACCUCAAUUCGACCCAUUAUUAUCAUCAUCUUCAUCGCAACAACAACUUCCGUUCUUCCCAUUUUCUGCUGCUAAAUCUUCUCUCUCUUCGUUCUACAAUAACAGUCCUUUUGAAUCAAACGCUUAUAAUUUCUGCACCGAACCGGGUUUUCUUCCUCCGGUUCACCGUACUGAACCGGGUUCAUGCUUCGAGUUCCCUGGGUUUGGGUACUCUGGGUUAGAUGGUCUGGAUUCGAAUCCUACUUUGUUUGGGAACCGGGUGAAAAUGUUGAUGCCCCUUGAAGUGGGCCCGAGUACUGGGCCGGGUCCGGUUGAGCCCAGUUUGUUUCAGAAACGAUUUAUGGUCCGGUCCAGCUCUACCGGGUCGGAUAAGUUAGGGGAAUUGGGUGGUGGGUUUUGGGGAGGAAGAGGGAAGAGAAAAAGGGAUGAUAAUGGUAAUGGUGAUGUUGAGGAAGAUGAGGUUGAAGGGAGUUUUGGGGUUUCAAUGGUUAAUUAUGAUUCUGAUGAACAAUUUGAGGAAGGUGAUGUUGGCAAUAAUAAUAAUACUAAUAAUGUUACUAUGAAUCAUGAUAAUAGUAUUAAUGAUGAUGAUAACGGGAAUUUUUCGAACUCGAAUACCAAUAGCUUAGUGACUGGUGGUGGUGGUAGUGGGAAGGGGAAGGGAAAGAGGAAGGGGUUGCCGGCGAAGAAUUUGAUGGCGGAGAGGCGUCGGAGGAAGAAGCUUAAUGACCGCCUUUAUUUGCUUAGGUCUGUUGUGCCUAAGAUUAGCAAGAUGGACAGAGCCUCAAUACUUGGAGAUGCUAUUGAUUAUUUAAAAGAGCUCUUGGAAAGGAUUAGUGAGCUUCACAAUGAAUUGGAGUCCAGUAAUCCUGGCCCUCUGAUGCCAGCUAGUUCUCAUCCUUCUACACUUAUCCCACCAACUCUUCCAUGCCGCGUGAAGGAGGAAAUUUCCCCAAAUUCUUUGCCGGUCCCCAAGAAUCAGCUUGCUAGGAUUGAAGUCAGUGCUGGAGAAGGAAGGGCAGUUAAUAUCCACUUGUUUUGUGCUCGUAGACCUGGUCUGUUGCUGUCCACUUUAGAAGCUUUGGAGAACCUUGGGCUGGAUAUUCAGCAAGGUGUUAUUAGCUGUUUCAAUGGAUUUGCAUUGGAUAUAUUUCGAGCGGAGCAAUGCAGGGAAGGGAAUGAAAUCUUGCCUGAGCAGAUCAAAGCGGUGUUGUUGGAUUCAGCUGGUUUUCAUGGUGUCAUGUAGCAGUUGUUCAUACUCACUUGUGAAGCCUUCUGUAUAAAGGCUUCCCUUCAAGUGCUCUGUAGGCAAUCUGUCUCCCUUUACUUCCUGUUAAUGGUCAAUCAUUUAGGAGUUUUUUUUUAUUUGUUUUUAUAUGAUAAAGUAUGUAAUUUAUCUAUCCUGUUUGGAGAUGAGGAAAUUCCUUCUUUUCCCCUUAGCUGCAUUCUAUAGUGGCUACUGGCUACCAUUGUUGAAGAAAAUUGACAAAUUGUAGAUUUUGUUGUUUCCUUUGAGCACCUUAAAAUGGAAUAAAGGAAUUUUACCUUCUAUA